AUGGGGCAUGCUUGGCUCGACUCCCUCUCGGAGGACUGGCCCUCCCAGCCUGGUUCGAUAGCUAGCAACGCGUCACAGUUUGCAAACAAGUUGGACAGCCAUCAACGGUCACAGUCGCAAUCGCAAUCCAUAUCUCGGCCCAGCACCGCCGCCCACAGUCGCAAUUUAUCCCAAGCAGGCUCCUCAACCUCCCAGAGCAGGAAACCACCCAAGACCCCUCCGAGUCGAAUCCCUAGACCGAAUUCGAAUCGAACGAGUGCCAACAACAGCAUCCUACACCAUGAUCGCGUCAACAGCAACACCGCCUCCAAUGCUGCAUCGCGCCGUGGCUCGACCAAGUCCCUCGGGGAUAGAGUUCGCGACCGCCAACGAGUCAUUGACGCCCGAAGUCGCACCGUCUCCAUGGCCGAAUCCCUUCAGUCUGGCGACUCCGUAAUCCACAACACUGUUAAUCGCAAUGAAGUGAAUGGUUCUCCUGGGAGGAAACAAGAUACGCCAGAGUGGAAGAGACGUUUGGUAUACCGAGAACUCGACUACGGUGAAGCGCCCGACCUGUUUACUUCGGCUGGCGCAAUCCUCGAAUCCAUCUUCAAGCCGCCACCACCACCACCACCUCCAGCUGCUUCGAAUUCGAAUAUGGCGGGCAACAAUACGAACGCGAAUGCGCGAAACGGCCGAGGUUUCGAAUCCCAGUACGAGUCGCAAGCCGAGUCCCAUGUCGAAAUUACGUUACCUUCGAGCCCGCCAUUUCUAGGCAGAGAGCGGGAUCCUUCAACCGUCGAGAUACAUGUGGAAGAGUCUCUACAAUCGCUUCCCCCAAUUCCUAAGGAGCCAGAGGAGGAAGAAAUCGAAGAGGAACAACAAGAAGAACAACAAAGGCGCAAAAUACCAGAAAUACGCUACAGGCGGGCUACUGAUUCCAGUGACCCCAGUCAAGGAUCCGAGUCCAGUUUCCGUGCCUCUACUACCACCCGGCAACAGACCUAUUCCAAGGUUCGCUCACGGACGCCAUCCACCUCCGCUUCUUCCCAUCUCGGAAACCUCAGCGCUGGGUCGCGUCAGGCAAGCGGCCAGAGCGUCUUGCGCCAUGAGGAUUUCAGCCCUAUACUGCUCACUAUGCACGACACCGGAGAGGGCAACUCGAGUUUUGUGCCAGAAAUUUCCCCGGACGAGCUCCGCUACCGCCUCGAGACUCUUAGGAAGAAUCAGUUGCGCAUGGCCCGCACCGGCAGGAGCGAUUCCGGAGGUAGUGUCUCUGGGAAGAGCGAGUCUGGAAAGAGCGGGGCUGAGGCUGCCGAAACUGGGGGAUCAUCAAGGAGUGACGAUAAGGUAGGCGACACCAACAACACCUCGAAAGACUACGAAAAGCUGGGAAGCUACAUCAACGUCAGAAGAGGUGGCCGAUCUGCCGACGGAUCAUUCCAGAACCACAUGUUGAGCUCGGCGUUGAACGAUAUUUCAGAGCUCAAUCCGGAGGAGUCUCUUCAAGCUAGCACCCCCAAGCGCUUUCCUUCUGUCAAGGUUGAACAUUGGGAUGAUUACGAGCACGUUCCUGCACAAGCAUCAGGCAACAUCUCGGACGAAAUUUCUCCCCGCAGCCGACCCGCAUUUCCCCGAAUCCCCAAUCUUAGCGCAGCUACGAAGCGCGUGUCAUCUUCACAGCAAGGAGCCGGCAGUCCUUUGAAGCUCUUCCAGCCCUACGAUACAUUCACCAGCGAGAUCCUGCAAAGACGACUCAGUCAAUAUCACAACGACACCCCGGGCGAACAGGCUUCUUCUGGGCAGCAAACUGGAGAUGAGUCUCCAGUAAACAUAUCCUAUAUGGACUCUGGAGGCUAUCUAUCACCGCCCAAAACCCACACGCGUCGAGGACAGGAGACCGGCCAACGCAAGGCGUCGGUUGCGGUGAACCAGUUCGGAGCUGGCGUUUUGGACGGAUACGAGUUCCAGGACGAAUUCUCGUACCAGUCGGUUGGCGCAUCCGGUGUUGAGGGUGACAAGGAAAACCAGGGUCCGAAUGACGAUUCUCUGCCAGGACCCCGGAUCCCUGUCUUUGACUUCAGCUGUCCGUCCUCGCGCUCUGAUGCGGACGCCGACGAAGAAGACGACGACGAAGACGCUGAUGCAAGCAAUUCUUCGGUGCGUAGGAAACGCCAAAGGCCCGUUGACUCAGGUUCAUCGAAACGCCAUUCCAAGACGGGAUCUAGCUCGGCGCAUAAGAAACGCCAUGCUUUCACCCAUAUUCCCGCUACAUUUGCCACCCCCAGCAAGCGAAGAACAGACCCAGCCCCCGAGUUUAAGCGGCCGCGCACUUCUCCUUCAAAGGAUCCGACCCCUAAACGACGUAGGACUCUGCAUGAGUCGGACAUCGAAUUUGGACUGGAAGAUCUCUCUCCUUCUCCGGAAACACAGUCCAUGAAGCUGUCAUACCAACAGAUACAGGCUACCAUUGAGAAGCGGUGCAAGGAAGUGCAUGCUGAAAAACGUCGCGAACAGAUUGAGCCUGGUACGCCCUCGGGCAAAGAUGUGCCAAGACCACGCACGCCGACACCUCUCCAGAGAUCGUCUCUUCAGAAGGAGGGUAAAAAGGGAAGGCCGCCCCUGACGGAGCUCAUUACGAAGUCAUCCAGUCGCCCUACUAGGCCGUCAUCCAAAGCGUCUUCUAAGGGUCGGACGUCCAAGAAACAUGGCGCACCAGGAUCGGCAAUGAACACCGAUCGCAAACCUUCCAUUAAAACUGAGGAUUUUCUUAUCGAGGCUAACAAGAUCAUGGCCAUGAUUCGCAAGAACGCGGCCAGUGGUCUAACUAGUGUUGAGGAGUCGGAUGAGUAUGAUUCUCGCCAUGAUGCGGAUGGGGAGAGCUCCUACGAGGAGUCUACCCAGGAAUCGUUCCUGCGUCCGCCCAGCCGCGAAGGACGCCCGCCUUUGACGCGCAUGUCAACCAAGCAGGAAGAUCCCGUCCUUGCAGAGCGUCUCAAGCAGUAUGAGGAAGCAAGCGAUAUGGGUGACAUCAUGGGCUCGUCUCUGCGUUCGGCUGCACUGCACCGGCAAGGCUUUGGUACUGUACGUCAAGAUGAAAAGCAUCAUGCAAGCAAGAAGGGCGGUCCUAUCUUGCCGGACUUUAGGGAAGACGGUGUUAUCAGUGAUCCGCCAAACAUUCGCAUUUCUUGGAACCCAGCUCUUAAGACUAAGCUGUCGCAUGAGAACGUUGAGGAUGGAAGGCAUACCCAGUCAGAGUCUGAUAACUACACAGGACGGUCAUCUCAUACCACCUCAUCCAAGGGCUCCGAUACUAGAAAGACGAUUGCGCCGGAAAGCGUACUGCAUCUUAUCCCAGACCGAGUUGGCAACAUGGUGCUGGACAGGGAGCGAAAUGUCUGGGUCAGGAAGCGGCCAUCUAACGCGUUCAUGGGCAGUAGACAAAACAGUUUCAUUGCCUCGGAGGUGAGCGAAGAUGACCCAUUCGCCGACAUUCCCGAUCUCACCGUGGACAUCAUGGAGGAAUUGGAAAAGUUGCGGCUUACGACCAAUCAACGGGGGCAGGAGCACGACGAACACGAGCAGGAUGAUCUCGACUCCGACCAACCAUCGGACGUCGCGGCACCUUUUGGCGAUGACGAUUUCCUUAACUCGGAACCGCAGUGGCAGCCAACCGGGAGUCGCAGGGACUCUGACACGUCGAACCCUGGCCAAAAAAACAAGCCAACCAAAACUGACGACCAGCGCGGCGACGCAAAACCCUCGCUGCAGUCACAGAACACGGGCACAGGUACAAGCACAGGCGUUGAUGUCGAACAUGAAAUUGGGAUUCACGAGGACCGAGUAAGCAAUACUCCACAAGCAGCCCGACGCAGACAUCUCACGAUCAGUUUCUCAUCUCCCAUUGCGUCUAUCAUCCAGGACAUCCAGGACGUAGCCGACGACGUUGAUUCCGAUGCCGACCCUCCGAGCGCGCUCGGACUAACUGGUGUGGAGGGCAACAAUAACCAGCAGCGCAAUAAGAAGCGUAGCCUGCCACCUCUGCCGCCGAGAGGUUACACCAAACAGCAACAACAGCAGCAACCUCAGCAACCGCAACCCCGAGGCCGUAGGGCCGUGUCAAUCUCCGCCUCCAAGCUGAGGAACGAAGUCGCGUCUGGUUCUGCGUCUAGGUCACGCAGUCGCUCACGAGGUCCCCAGCGACACUUGUCUGUCCAAGGCCAGACGUACAUGGCAAGACCUGUUUCGAGGAUUGAUGAGCAUGAUGAAGAGUCCAGCAAUGCUAAUAAGAACAGCCUCCGAUUUCUUGGUCUUGGUCAACCGUCCUUGUUGUCGCCACAACCUCAGGGUAUGGAACUGAGCAUUGUUGCUGCUGAAACAUCAAUGGUCAACCAAGAGGAACCCGAAGAGCAACUCCAUAACAGCAUCUCUUUCCUCGUGGCAACACCCGCUCACCAUCUACGACCAUGCUCCAUGUCCGGCAACGAUCCGGCGCACAUCAUCAGCCAGUAUGUCGGCACCUUCUCCCUCAGUCCCCUUGCGGACUUCACCAUCCAUCCUCCGGAAGAGUCGACACUGGCUCUCGAAGCAAGUUAUGUUAUUGGAAACCACCAUCUUGUGACAGGCGACCACCACUCCCGCGGCCGCUCCAUGUCCAUGUCCACCCGCGAUCUUGUCGCCAAGCUCACCGAAGUCGAGCCCUUUGAGCCCUACUGGGAAGACAUGCGCAACCUCUGCCUGGCGCACAAGCGUCUGGAAUCACUUCACGCCCUCGACGAGUUUUGUGGCCGUCUCGAGUCUCUAGACGCCAGCCACAACGAGAUUAGGAACCUCACCGGCGCUCCGGCCACUACUCGCUUCCUCAAGAUGACCAACAACCAGCUGUCAAGCUUGACGGCGUGGGGACACUUGAUUAAUCUGCAGGAGCUGAGGGUGGACAAUAACCGCUUGGAGAGCUUGGAGGGGAUCAAGUUCCAUGAUGGGUUGCAAGUGUUGCGAGCGAGGGGGAAUUACAUUGAGGAGGUGGACUUUGAUGGAGCGAGGUUGGUGCAUCUUACCGAGUUGGAUCUGAGGGGUAACAGAAUCAAGAGGGUGGUCAAUCUGGACCAGCUGCCGGUUUUGAGCUCGCUGAAUCUGGAAGGGAACCAAAUCGAGGUGUUUGAGGUUGGUUCGCCGGCCGCACUUACCUCUGGACCCGACUCCCCGACUUCUGAGCACGGACAAGCGGUUUCCUCGCUGAGGUACCUCCACCUCAACGACAACUCGUUAUCCCACCUCUCCAUCCACCACCUCCCGCAUUUACGCCUCCUCCACGCCGACCGUAACCGCCUCGUCCGCAUCCACGGCUUCUCCCGCGCCCGCCAUUUAGACAGCCUCUCCCUCCGGGAACAACAAGGUCCCGAACCGCUCGACCUCGACCACUUACUGUCACGGGCCUACGAAGUCCGCAAGCUUUUCCUGUCAGGGAACUACCUAGGCACCACCACCAACCCCAAGGGCAUCGAAGAGAGCGGGUUUAACCCGCCCAUCGAUAUGCUCAACCUGCAACUUCUCGAGCUAGCCAACUGCGGCUUAACCAAGCUUCCCGUGGACGUGGGGCAGAUGAUGCCUAACCUACGGGUUUUGAAUCUGAACAUGAAUGCGCUGGAGGACUUGGCGCCGUUGAGAUAUGUCCCCCGCCUAAAAAGGCUGUUUGUGUCGGGGAAUCGGAUUAGGGAUUUGAGUUCUUUGGUUCAAGUCCUCGCCAACUUUUCUUGUCUCACAGCUGUAGACCUGAGAGGGAAUGGCCUGGUAAUGGGUUUCUACUCCCCCGUUCAGGAGUUGUGCAAAGGCGGUGCUGGUUUUGGCAAACAAAACAAAACGACUGAUGUCGGCGAGGAUGCACAGAAGGAAAAGGAAGCAGCGGAUGGGCAGGGACAAGAGGACCACGAGACUAAAGACCAGUGGACUCUCUCCCCGCAAACGCCCGCUUCCGACAGGGCUUACUCGUCACGCCUCGAUCUGCAGACCAAAAUGCGAAGGAGGGUGUAUGACCACUUGCUGGCUGAGAAGUGUUCGAGACUCAAAAAAGUUGAUGGGCUACCGUUUGAUCGCGAUCAAGUCCUCUCUCUUAGAGACGAAGUCUGGAAAGCGCUGAUGGGGAGGGGGGUGUUUUCUGUUCCCGGUGGAAGGAAUCAGACUCCUGCUGCUGCUGCUCCGGCUAUCACCGUGUCUGGACAUGGGAAUGGGAAUGGAUUGCUGAAUGGAAAUGGGGUUCAGGGACAGAUGAAUGGCGUGUCUAUGCCCAACGUACCCGGAAUGCCUGGCUUGCCAACGGGUGCUAGCAGCUUCGGCAGCGCUGUAGGCUUUGGAUUCGGAAGUCCUACGACUGUUGUCGGAAGCGAUGCCGAGGGUCCGGGAUCCAGGCGCCAGUCGAUGUCACCUGUUGCUGGGCGGGUUAAUGACCAUGCUCAGCAGCACCAGAUGCACCAGAUGCAAAAUGGAAGUCCGCUGAAUGGAAGAGGUCGUGGUACGAAUGGGAAUGGCAUCAAUGGAACCAGUGGAAGCAACGGGGUGCUAAGGGAAGUAGACAUCAACGCUAAUGGCGGGGUGUUGGGCGGUGGUCAUGGAGUCAAUGGAUGCCCACCACCACCACCACCAAACCACAAUCUUGCUAGGAGCGGGAUGGGGAUGGGACACACUCAGAUGAGUGGGAUGGGAAUGAACCAGAGAGAAAGAGAAAGAGAUAUGGAAGAGAGAGUAAGGCAGAUGCAGAGGGAGAGGGAGGAGAGGUGGUUGGCUGAGGAUAGCUUUGCUGGUUAA